UGUUUGGUGUGUUAAACAACAAAAUCACAGCAGGAGCAGAAAAGGAAAUAAUCACUUUAUGUGUCCAAUUAUAUUUUCUGAAAUAAUGAACCGCAGCCAACUGUCAGUAGAGACCGUCUUAUUUUGAAAGUCUCGACCGGAAGUCUGCUUCCUUGUUCGGCUGGUUAGCAUCUAGCAUGAUCUGUGUGCUCUGGACGAGGGGGUGCAUGGGUGAAACAUGGCCGCCGCAGACCCGUCGGAGUCUCCCAUACGACAGAAAUACCCUGCGGAGGAUGUGGAGACUUGUGCGGAGAGGAGCGAGGCGGCGGAGCGCGGACGCAGCCUGAAGCUGAAAGACGAACCCACACGGAGCGAAAGCACCGAGAGCCGCGACGAUGAGCGGAGAGUCGGUGCGGGCGAGGACAGCGGCGGUGUCGCCAGCCAUUCUGAGGUUAGUGUCGAGUCCGGUGCUGGAGCAGACAAAACGACAUGUAAUUCACCGGAGGACCAGAAGACGGCCGGAAAAAUGGCCGAGGUGACGGGGAGCAAGCAGCGGGAUUUCGACUGGUCGGAAGCCGAAGACGGCGAGGAGGAGGAGGAGGCGAAAUCACACAAGGAGGGAAAUGAAAAGAGUGACCCCAGUAAUGUUACAGAAAGGGCUGAUAAGGUGCAGCAGGAUGCACAUGUUGGUACUGUAGCCGCUGAUCCGAAGGAGGUGCCUGAGGAGGAGAACCCACAGAGGAGCACAGAGAUGGUGCCUGAGGAGCAGAGGAGCACAGAGAAGGUUCCUGAGGAGCAGAACUCACAGAAGAGCACAGAGAAGGAAAUGCCUGUGGUGCAGAACUCUGAGAGGAGCACAGAGAAGGAAGUUCCUGAGGAGAAGUUAGGAGACGCAGACGGGACGGAGGACGCGGUUGAAGACGAGGAGGAGGCAGACCGAGGGGAGGACGCUGAUCUGGCAGCCAAGCAGAAAAAGUGCCGUCUGGUGUGUAAGGAGUGCGGCAUGAGGUUUAACCGCCGCGAGACUUUCAACCUUCACCGCCACUUUCAUGCGCACGAGGACGAGCUCACGCCCCUCACCUGUAAAGAAUGCGGCCUUACCUUUCAGCACCGCAGCAGCCUCAUCAAACACAGAAAUGAACAUAAAGAGAAGGAGGAGGAACUUGUUACUCCAAAGAAGGAGGUGCAAACGAAGGAGGAGGGUAGUGUUCAAUGUGCAGAAUGUCGAAGGAUCUUCUCCACAGUGGAUAAGCUGAGGGACCACAGCUGCAGCAAUACAGUCGAAAAGCCUUACCACUGCCCCCUGUGCCGCCAAGAUUUCCAGUUUAGGAUGUCUAUCACAAAGCACAUGAAGACCCACUCCCAGGAGAGCAUGUUUACGUGCCAAGAGUGCAAUAAGACCUUUCCAAACACCACCGACCUGCGCUAUCAUCAGCGAUGUCACACCGCCCUCAAGCCCUAUGAAUGCCCAGAGUGCGGCUUGGUUUUCAAACACUACUCUGUCAUGGAAGACCACCGUCGCAAGCACACAGACAGCACACGCUCUCACCUGUGCACCAUCUGCGGCAAGACCUUCAAGUAUAGCAGCCUCCUCCAUCAGCAUCAGUAUCUUCACACGGGCCAGAAGCCCUUCCGCUGCCCUGAAUGUGGUAAAAAAUUUGCCUUCGCCCAGAACAUGAAGGCACACUGCCGCCAGCAUAGACUAAGUGAAACCAACUCCCCCAUUGAGCAGCCCUGCAAGCCGACGCCAGUACAGGAGGAACUAAAGGGGCUAGGAAAAGAGAAUUCACACCAAAGUGAGGAAACAAAACGCACAUUCAGAUGCCCUCUUUGUUCGCAGACCUACAGCUCACCAGCUAACCUGAGAGCCCACAUGCUCAUUCACGAGGCCGAGUAUGAAACGCUGGACAGAAUACCCAAACCCCCAAAGGACAUUAACAAGCACUGGGAAACAGGACACGCGUGUCCACACUGCCCGUGUGUUUAUCGUGAUGAAUCCAGUUUAAAGAUACACCUGUUAAGUGUCCACAAAUUGGUAGCAUAUUUAGAAAAGGUGGCAGCACCAUCUAAAAAUCAAUUGAAUCUGCAAAGUAGUGAUAAUGUGCAGGAAAAAUGGAGAAGCGAUGGCAUAGGUAUUAAGACACACAAAUGUUCUGAGUGUGGAAAAACGUUCCGCCAUCGCUCAGUGUUAGAACUGCAUAUGCGCAUACAUUCCAAGGACAAGCCUUACCAGUGCAAAGUAUGUGGCAAAGGCUUUAGAUUCAGUAGCUACUUGCAGCAGCAUGUUAUCAUUCAUACUGGCCAAAAGCCAUACAAAUGCCCCGACUGUGGGAAGGACUUUGCCUUCCUGCAGAACAUGAGAACCCAUCAAAAGCUGCAUCAGGAGAAACCAUUCCGCUGCACCAGCUGCCGCAAAGGCUACAGCAACGAGUCCCAGCUGCAGCAGCAUAUGCUGUCGCACAAUGGUGACAAACCUCACAAGUGUCACCUGUGUGAUAAGAGCUUUGGGUUGGCCUAUCUGCUCCGUGAUCACAUGAACACACACACAGGAGAGAGACCUCAUCGCUGCGAUGAGUGUCACAAAACCUUCUCCUGGUUUAGUAGCCUGCUAGUUCACCAGAAAAUUCACACUCGCAAGCGCCAAGGUUUCAGCCAGUAUAAUUCUCUCGCGAUUAGUGCUAGGAUGAGAGGAAGGGGUAACAGGGGGAGGAGAGGGGGGAGGCUCAUGUUGGGCUGGUCCAGACCGUUAGGGGGCUCAGGGAUGCUUAAUUCUCUGCCAACUCAAUUUCCAGUUUCUGCACUAAGUGACCCUGAGUUGCACAGAAGGGCAGUGCAGCCACAGUCUUCCAUGGUCUUGUCGCACAUGGAUUUACAAAGCAGGCAGAUGAAGGAGCCGUGGAUGUCCGAGCUGCAAUCUCAGCCGGUGCAGUGGAAGGUGGACGGUGGAGAAGUCAUGCCUGUCCCAUCGUCACAGCAGCAACACGCAGCUCCACGGCAAGCGCAGUUUGAUAGUCCGCUGCAGGCAGGUCUGCAGCAGCACCAUCAGAGGAGUCCAUGCUGGGCAGACAGCCCUCUGAUAACUCAGCCAGGCCCUGCAUCGGCUCAGAGCUUAGAGUCGUCACACAUGAAAGAGAGCACAGCUUCUUUUGUCAGCUCCCACCUGGCAUCUGUGCCAAAAAAAUCCAGUCCAUUAGCAGUGAGUGAGAUGGAGCAGCACAGGCAGCCCAUGCCUAUUACAUGGAGCAUGGCACCCAUGUCCACAGUGGUAGCUUCCACAAGCUCCCUGCAACAUGAUUUUUCUAUUCCCUCCUUCAUCGAUGGGGCGGCUCUGUGGAGCAUCAGACCCUCUGCAAAUUCACAAAGCAUUCCAAAUAAGCUUGGUCAAGAGCUAAUUUGGAGAGCAACACAAAAAGAGCCUUCCACACCUCCUAAAAAAGAGGACAAUAGAGUGUGGGAUAUGAGUAAUCUUCAAGUAAUACCGUCGACUGUUAGCCAGCCGGAGAAGCCGUGGGCCUCGGGCUUAGCAGGUGCAUCAGCUCAAAAAGACCAAAGCAGUGCGGUGCCAAUUUCGACUCCUGUUUCUCUUGCAGUAGGUAGCACCUUGUGGGACAUAAAAACAGCACCAGGAAUUCCAAAGACUAUAAAUUCCACUGAGAAAUUAGUAAAUCAAGAUUUUCAGCUGCAGCAGAAGCAGGUGUCAUCUGGCUGGACCAAUUUACAAAGUCAGACAGCGACACAGAAGCUUCCCAUCUCCAUUCAAUACGAUCCACAUCGUUUUGGCCAGGGGAUAGGGACUUCAAUAUGGGGCUUCCAAAGUAAUCCUGUGGGUCCCCAAACGCUGAUCACUGGGCAACUCAAACCAGGGAAUGGACCAGAGCUACAGCAACAACCAAUUGUAACAGGCACUCAAAUAAUCAUUAAUCAGCCCUCGCCUUUUUUCUCCCAGUCACUUGCUCCCCUCCCUCCUCUUGCUUUGCCUGGCACCCACCCUCUUCACUCUAUCGCAGUUGGUGCACUUCCAAGACCUCCACACCCAAAUAUUUUUUUCGCACCACAGGCAAUUAUGAGCGAGAGGCCCCACAUGCCACAGACCCUGCCCCUACCUCAACUCACCCCUCGGACAGAACCUCACAAACUCGGGACCCGUUUGCCUUUUGCCCCAGAACGACUUCUCCAGUGCAUGAUAUGUGGGUGCUCUCUCCCUCGAGAGCUGGAUCUACAAAUGCAUUACUUGCAACAUGCACAAGGAGAGAUUUGAAAUUUUUACAUUAGCAAGACUUGGUUAGGUUUUUUUAUAUAUAAGUAUAUAUAUAUAUCUAUAUAAUUUUUAAUCAAUGGAACCUCAUUUAUUUGACCCUCAGUUGUGCCAUAUUACAAGUAAGUGGAUGGGCAUUAGAGACUAAAACAUAAUGAUAUCGUCCGCACAUUUGAUGCACCUUUUUAUAGUGGUUCAGCUUCACAUUAGGCUGUUUGAAACAGAGGGUGUAUACACGUGUCAUUAAAUCAGUUUCCGCUUAUUUUUUUCCUUUUUCUUAAUUGUAUUUAAGUUAUUCAAAUAUUUCCAUGAUUUGAAUAACUUCUGAGCGGUGGAGAUGAAUGAGGUUCUGUGAUCUACAUUUCAUUCAUUGCCAAUGACAGUUAGAUUUAGAUAAUAUUAGUACUUUUUUAUAGUUCCGCUCAUAUGUCCUGAACCAUUUGAACUGUGUUCCUUCAUGUACAGUUUACUGUGUGCCUUUUAUGAGUACAGUCUGCAUGUCUGCUGUCUUGGUAUUCUAGGCCUAGUUUGUGCUUAAGGUAGACUCAACAAUGUGACCUCACUCCCAAAACACAGAGCAACAUCUUUGAAGAUACUGCAAAGAAACUCAAGUUUUUGCUCUUGGGGCGGAGCUGUGCCGGGGCAGUGGGAGUUGUUGUGCUCACAUGUGUCAGAAUAUACAACGAAAAGCUGACUACACAGUAUAAUCCUGAGAGGAAGCACUUGUAUUCACAGGGCCGUUGACUGGGUCCAAGUAUGUUGUAAGUAAAGUUCUCAUUGUGAUAAUUUGGUCAGAGAAAAAGUGUCUCAAAAAAACUCAAUUGUGAUGGUUACACUUAAGGUCAUUUCACAGUGAGCAUUUCCUGUAAAUUAAAGUUUAAAUAUUAAGAGUAAUUAUUGCAAAGAGGGAGAAACAGCUGUCAGUUCACAAUUGUUUCAAUGGUGAAUUCCGUAAUAAAUUAGAUUUGGAUUUAUGUGAUGUUUUGUCAUUAAUAAUUUUUUACAGUGGCAAGACAAACACCAAAUUAAUGAUCUGAAAUGUAUGUUUUGCUGUAAUCGAUUCAAAGUCCACUAUUUUUUUGGCAAUUCAUCAUCACUGAAACGUGAUAAUUGGAUUUUACACUGAUGCUGGUUGACAGUGUUUAGCACCUUACAAGAGUUACUAUUUCAAAUUGGAAUGUAAAAAACAUUUAAAUCCACUCGAGUACAAUUCAAUGUAUUAUUUGUGAAUACUGAAUGAUUUCAUUACACACCCGUAGAUUUAGAUCAGUACAGUACAGUAUCCCAUCUCCAUUAUCAAACUGGGUAUUUGAGUAGCUCUGGUUGCACUAUAAGUGACUGAAAAUCUUCAUUACUACUGUAAAAUAAACACAAGGUCCAUUUGUUAAAAAAAAAAAGAACUGUUUCUGUGCGUUUUCACAUUCAGCGUCUUAACAUAUAAAACAUGUGCCCUUCUACCUCUAUCCACUGUUUUGGCAUGGAAAGAAAUAGAAAUUUCCCAUGAUGUCUACAUAUAAAAUAAAACUUGCCUUUGAUAUUAUAA